ACUCGACUCACCUUUCGUAGGAGCAGUAUUAUCACUAUCUACCGUACCUGAGGACCUAGGUAAUUCUUCGAUAAUGUCGUCCUGAUCUGGCCCUGCACCAAGCUCCCUCUCAUGCUCCGCUUCCACCACAUCCAUUUUCCACUCAGGUUGGUCGUCUUUUCUCAUUUUUUGCCCUAGAAUCCAGUUCUCUCAGUCCUCCACCUCCACCCUCCACCCAUCCAACAGAAUCUCCCUCAAUGAAAUACACCCCUCCACCCUGGGCAUCUCUGGCCAUCUCUAUCCAGCUUAACCCACCCAGGAAUCUAGCAUCUACAGUAGUUGAUUCGGAUGCAGCUUGACUCAUCUCUCGCUUGCCAUCCCCAUCUUUGCUUAGACAAUCCUGGGUAAUCAACCAAUCUGCACACAAUCUGGACUAAGGUCUUUGUGGAUGCCUGCAGGAUCGAGCCAGGCCACACCCACACCCCAUCUCGCAAUCCCACCGCCUCCUCUCCAUGGCUGAAAGUGCCCAUGCCGACUCCUCCUCCGACUCGGAGAACAACGAUGCCAACGGCUCAACUACAAAACUCAACGAGGCCAAAGUUCCUGCCCCAAAGGACAAGCAGUGUCCCUACUGUCAUCAACCCUUCACUUCUUCCUCGUUAGGGAGACAUCUCGACCAGUUCAUCUCCAAGAAGAAGCCUGAUGGUAUUCAUAAUGUGGAUGAGAUCCGUCGCAUGCGUGGAGGAAUCACGCGACGGACUGCCAGAGGAGGAGGUGCUGCCGCUGAGAAGAAGGGUCUCAACAACGACCUCAGUGCUGAGCGCGAAGAUACAGCCUCUCGGCGAGCGAGUCCCUCAGUCGCACCCUCAAAUGCUCCUGUUGUGGCCACCAAUGCCGAAGAGCUCAAUCGUGUCCCUCCAGGUGGCCUCCACAUGCGACUCAAUCGACUGAAUUGGCAAGCGACUGGUGUCAUUACUGAUCCCACCUCCCUCGACUCUCCAGGCCUGCCUGCGCCCCCCACCCCUGCCCUCGUCUCCAGCCCUUCAACUACAAUGACAUCCAAUCUGAACCAACCCCAGGUUCAAGCUCAAGGCACCAAACGAUCUUUUGCGACAUAUUCCUCUGACAUGAACAGCCCCGAGACCACACGAGCCCUCGAGCUUUCACUCCGCGAAGUCCUCGAUUCUCUGCGCGCCGCUACCAAAAACGCCUCACCCAAACCCUCGCCGUUCAAUUUCGAUGUCCAUUCUCAGACCUUCCCGUCAUUAUGCCUCAAGAUCCUCCCAACUCCCCCAACACUCUUCCAAGCCGCUCCAUUUGGGACGGCCAACUCGAUCCCCAUCACGGCCCCGGGCCCGGAGCAACUACAUCCGCUCCGUCAACAAAUCACACAGAGCAUCGACCUGUGGAAAUGGCAAACCCUACGUCUCUCCCAGCCUACCACCAGUAACAUCGCCGAGGAGGCCGAUUUCUUAACCCGGUCCGCCGCACAGUGGACUGAAUCCACCCUGCUGCACCUCGACGCAGCAUUCCAGAACUGGAUGGCCAACCCACUCGACAUUCGCACCUUGCUCUGGCACGUCGAGCUCCUCCGUGCCUACCACACUGAACAGACCCGCGUUGCCGAGCUGGAGGAAAGUCUCGAGACUGUGCGUCAAGAGGCCGCACACCUGCAGCAGCAGGUUGACUAUCUCAGCAAAUGUCAGUGGCCGCGCGAAAUGGCUUUAUGGCCGCCUGAACGCCGCACUUGGGGUAAGGAAAUGAGGGAGGAACUCAGGUUGAUCAGCUUGACUAAGUUACCCGCCAACAACAAUAGCAACGACAAUAAUGCUCACCCCAGUCACAAUACCGGCGACGGCAUGUCAGAGCAGGACAGUUCCAAUACGGCGCUACGGAAUAUCAACGUAGACCGCGCCAACCUCGGUCCCCCCGUUGACAAGUGGGACUUUGACCGUCUAGUCAAUAAGUGGAAGAAUCGCAUCAAGGAGGAUCGACUCCGGAAAAUACCUCUUUCCACAUCUUCCGCGCCCGGCCUAGGGAACCCUGGGCAGGGUGGGUCAGGAGAAAAUCCCAAAUAUGGUGAAUUCACCAAGCCACACCCCGACUCAGCAGGACCUGGCAUGACCAAUGGGUCUGGUCCUACAUCCGCAACUACAACCGGUUUGAACGGGGUCAAUCAGGCUGAAGAAGAUGCCAGACGUGCUACUGCUCUGAGGCAAAGAGGCAAUAUCAGCAUCAUUUCGGAUUUCUAACAAAAGACGAAAACCAAUUAUUAUGGCUGCGAUCGGCAUCCCCGUGGCAACAAAUGACCAUCUGUACAAUAUUAAUCUUCACGUUCACGGCAACAGCGCAAACAAGGAUUUGAUGCAAAGUCGUUGAUUAUCUCAUCUGACAUGACAUAGAACUAGGGUUGUAUUUAUUCCAAAUAUAUUCCACGUAUAUCCCAAUUG